AUGGGGAGUUCGUCGCCAUUGCACUUUCCAAGUUCAAGCGCUGCCGCUACUCCCAGAGCUCCGAGGGUCGCUGCUCCUCCAUCUUCCUCCCCUUUAGCAUUCCCUACUUCUCCUUCUCAGCCAUCUGCUACGCACCAGAGGUCUGACGUCGGAUUUUCGGACGCACCUAGCGUUCAUAGAACUGUUGCGAGGGCUAGGGGAGAGACACCUUUAUUCUUCCCUGCUUCUGGCGGUUCUACGCCCCGUCGACCUCGUCGAGGAGACAUCCACUCUUCCUUCCCUCUCUCCUCUCCCUCUCUCGCUAGACGCGCUCAAACCAAUGUCAACGCCGACCUCUUUCGCGCAUCCUCUCCUUCUGGUCAAACAGAUAUAUCCGACCAGCCUUUCGAUGCCGCUCAUCCUACUCCUCGUGCUCCUGGAUCCUCCGCCCCCACUCUCUCGGCCAUGGCACCCACCGACGGCGCUCCCGAUGUCGGGGAAGAAGGGAUGGUCAAGUUCAUCUGGGGAACCACCAUUUCCCUGCAAGAAGCGAUGAACGAAUUCCGGUCUUUCCUCCGAGGUUUCAAGCCCAAGUAUCGGGCAGUAUACAAUGACUCCAUCGCUCAAUCUUUUCUGGAGGAAGGCAAACAAGCUCCACCUCCUAUGCCAUUAUACGAUGGUCUGUCCGCCCAAGCUGCCGAAGCGGUGUUAUAUGAACGAUAUCUCAAACAGCUUCGAUUGACAGGACAAACCAAUCUCAAUCUCGACGCGUUGAAUCUGUUGUCGUAUGGGCCUACCAAGAAGUUGUACCAUCAGCUUGUCAAUUAUCCGCAGGAGGUGAUUCCCAUCAUGGAUCAGGUUCUGAGGGAUGUUAUGAUCGAGAUGGCGGAUGAAGAGCUGGAGAUCGCGCAGAACAAGUAUGCAGAAGGGACGAUUCAGGAAAUAGAACUGCGCAUGCUGGAAGAGGAUCUCAAGGAUAUAGAAGGGAGAGUGUACAAAGUCAGACCUUUUGGAGGAGAUAGGACUGUGAACAUGAGGGAUUUGAACCCGGGGGACACGGACGAGUUAGUCAGUGUCAAGGGUUUGGUGAUUAGAGCUACGGCCGUGAUACCGGAUAUGGUGACCGCCUUCUUCCGAUGCUUGGUCUGCCAGCACACCGUCCAAGCUGAUAUAGACCGAGGAAGGAUUAACGAACCCGAUCGUUGUCCUCGUGACGUGUGUAAUUCCAAAGGCACCAUGUCCCUCAUUCACAACAGAUCAGAAUUCACCAACAAACAAGUGAUUCGGUUACAAGAGACUCCCGACGCAGUUCCAGAUGGUCAGACACCUCACACUGUGUCUUUGUGCGUAUACGAUGAACUUGUCGAUCUUGUCAAACCCGGUGAUAGAGUCAUUAUCACCGGUAUCUUCCGUUCCAUUCCCGUCCGAGUGAAUCCUCGUCAGAGAAGUAUCAAAGCGCUUUUCAAGACAUAUCUGGAUGUGGUUCACGUGAAACGUACCAACUCAGCUCGGAUGGGAUAUGAUCCUUCAACCAGACAAGGUGAGGGGAAACCUCCUGGAGUAGGUGUGGGUGGAGAGGAUGAUGAGGCUGAAACACUCGCUAGACCUGAAAGCGGGGAUGAAACGAUGGAGGAAACUCAGGAUGAGCCGGGUUUUACGGCGAGUGCAGAGAUGGAACAAAAGAUUUUGGAGUUGUCUAGGAAUCCGGAGCUCUAUGACAUUCUCUCUCGCAGUUUGGCACCAAGUAUCUGGGAAUUGGACGAUGUGAAAAAAGGAAUAUUGUUGCAAUUGUUUGGUGGUACGAACAAGAGUAUUGCUAGAGGUGGAGGAGGGGGUGGACCUAGGUACAGAGGUGAUAUCAAUGUGCUCAUGGUCGGCGAUCCUGGUACGAGUAAAUCACAGAUUUUGCAGUACGUACACAAAAUCGCACCCCGUGGUGUAUACACAUCAGGGAAAGGAAGUUCAGCCGUUGGUCUCACCGCAUAUGUCACCAGAGAUCCAGAUAGCAAGCAGCUCGUCCUCGAAAGUGGAGCAUUGGUGUUGUCUGACGGUGGGGUAUGUUGUAUCGACGAAUUCGACAAGAUGAGCGAUGCCACACGAAGUGUUUUGCAUGAAGUAAUGGAACAACAAACCGUCUCCAUUGCCAAAGCGGGCAUUAUCACUACUCUCAAUGCCCGAACAUCGAUCUUAGCUGCAGCCAAUCCGAUUAAUAGUCGAUACGAUCCCAAGUUGCCUAUUCCGGCUAAUAUCGACCUUCCGCCAACUUUGAUUUCACGGUUCGACUUGCUGUACCUCGUGUUGGACAAGGUAGACGAGAUGAAUGACAGACGCUUGGCAAAGCAUCUUGUGGGGCUCUACUUGGAGGACAGGCCUGAUACGGGUGGUAUUGACAUUAUUCCCCUUGACAUGCUAACCGCAUACAUAACCUACUCUCGCUCCAGGAUCCACCCUGUAUUGACUCAAGACGCCUCUACUGCCCUCGUGCAAGCCUACGUGGAGAUGCGAAAAGCAGGUACCGACUCUCGCACUCAAGAAAAACGAAUCACCGCUACCACUCGACAGCUUGAGAGUAUGAUACGUCUCAGUGAAGCACACGCGAGAAUGAGGUUGAGCGAGACUGUCGAUCUGAAAGACGUGGUCGAAGCUACGAGGUUGAUCAAGAGCGCUUUGAGGGAAAGUGCUACGGACCCUUUGACAGGGCAGAUAGAUCUGGAUUUGAUUAAUACUGGUGCUGGGUCUACAGCUCGUCGUGUACGGGCGGAUUUGAAACGAGAGAUCCUCUCAUUAGUCGACAACAGUGGUCGAUCAGGACUUCGAUGGACAGUGGGUAUCAAAUCCCUCGAACAACAAAGCAGCAUCCCUCUCGACCAUGCGGAAUUCGCAGAGGUCGUCAAAGGUCUUGUGGAAGAAGGAGUACUCAAGGUUGUCGGCGAGAAAGAACGACGUACUAUACGAAGGCUUGCGGAUUAG